AUGAUAGAAAUACCGAACCACUUACAUGCGGCCAUUGAAGAUCCAACAAGAUUUCAUUACAAACAGGAAUGGCUAGAAUCCACAGAACCCGGAACCGAAAACAUAUUUGAAUUAUUUUCGUUUGGUACAAUAAAAGAUAUUCAACCACAAUUGAAUCUUACACCUGCGAUGUUCAAGAAAUUGCAGCUGUUGACUAUUGUAUCAAUGGUCCAAACCCAGAGAGAAUUAUCAUACACCUAUAUAAUGGAGCAAUGUAAAAUAUUUUCGACAGAUAUAGUGGAACGAUAUCUAAUCGAACUUCGACUUUUUUUCAAAGUGAAACUUGACUCUAUAAGACAAGCUGCACAAAUUCUGUCAAUCUAUGAUUGUCGAGAUGUAUAUGAUAAUGAAAAACCAUUGCAAUACGUUUGUAUCCCAAGAGACAAUAAGGAUCAAAUUAUUGAGAAAUUGAAACAGUGGCAUGGAAAACUUACUGGUCAGAUCAAAGAUCCAAACUAA